CACUCCUCCACACUUUCUUUCCCACUCUUCUCCAGUUUCCCCAGCUUCAUCAAAAAUCUCUGUGCCUCAUCAAAUAUACCUUCUAGAUCUAUACUGAGACGUUUCGAAUCAGCAUGUCCUCUCAAAACACCACCGGUCCCUCCUCCUUCCCACCCGAAGAAAAGAGCCAGCACCAAGUCCUCAAAGAAAGCGGCUACGACAACCUCCAGCAUUUCAUGCAAAGCCACAGCCUCAAUAUGCACAAUGACGACGACGUAAAGCACGCAAAAGACAUCCUAGCCCGUUUCCAAGAGUACGACCGACCAUCCGAGAACGACAAACCGUCCAACAUGAACCAAAACUACGAUUCAGAUUCGGACUCUGGUUCUUCGCGCGGGGUUCCUAUCGGUUUUAUUGAAGUUGCGGAAGAUGACGAGGAUGAUUCGGACGAGGAGAGCGGGUGUCGUGUUGAUGGGCCGUAUAGUCACUUUGAGUGGGGUUUGGAUGAGCCGGAGUUUGAGGGAUACCCGGUGUUCUCGGAUGAUGAGGAUGGAUAUAACUCGGAUCAGGAGGGAUACUGUGAUGGGCCGGACGACGGUGAUGAUAUGGGCUACGCAAAUGAUGGGGAGGGCUGGUAGGGGCAAUACCUUACCUUCCGAGGGGGUUCGUUGGGUCCAUCACUCAUGCAAGUUCAUCGACCAUUUGUGUUGGUUCGCCAGUAUUAACGUUGGGUGUAGCCUUCCACUAUUUCUUCAGCGGGUUAUGGUGGGUUCUAGACCUGGGCAAUACAUAAGUACAACAUGUACUUGACUUAUUUACGCAUGC